AUGGAGGAUGUUGUCGCUAGCAGACAGUACAUGAAACAUUCUUUUCUUUCACGACAUAUUGUUUUCCUCUUUCUUUCUUUCUUUCUUUCUUUCUUUCUUUCUUUCUUCGUGGCAACUUUCUAUCUUUCUUUUACGCAUCUUUCUUCUCGUUAUUUUCCCUUUCUUUCUUUCUUUCUUUCUUUUUUUCGUUCUUUCUUUCUUUCUCACCUAUUCGCUAUAUGCAUUUCUGUUGCAUCUAUCUAUCUAUCUAUCUAUCUAUCUAUCUAUCUAUCUAUCUAUCUAUCUAUCUAUCAUUCUGUUUCUUUCUAUCUGUCUAUCGAUCUAUCAUUCUGUUUUUAUCUAUCUAUCUAUCUAUCUAUCUAUCUAUCUAUCUAUCUGUAUAGAUGGUGCAAUGACAAUGGAUAUUGCUAUGAAAAAUAUUUGUUUAAAAACAUAAAUGUCUAUCUAUCUAUCUAUCUAUCUAUCUAUCUCAAUCUCUUCAUAUCUAUCAUUCUACUCAUAUCUAUUUAUCUGUCUAUCUCAGUUACUAUUUAUCUGAGUUUCUUUCUAUCUAUCUAUCUAUCUAUCUAUCUAUCUAUCUAUCUAUCUAUCUAUCUAUCUAUCUAUCUAUCUAAGACUGUUCAUUAUCUAUAUAUAUAUAUACAUGUAUGUAUGUAUCUUAUCUUGUCUGUUCAUAUCUAUCUAUCUAUCUAUCUAUCUAUCUAUCUAUCUAUCUAUGUCCAAUUAUAUACCCCUUCCUUGGAUUUCCGUCGCACUAUCUAUCUAUCUAUCUAUCUAUCUAUCUAUCUAUCUAUCUAUCUAUCUGGUUUACGGCCAUAUCACGUUGAAACAAAAGUACAAUCACCGCUUAGUUUGUACCUACCUUUCUAUCUGUCUAUCGAUCUAUCAUUCUGUUUAUAUCUAUCUAUCUAUCUAUCUAUAUAG